AUGGAUCCUAUAAGCAAUAUUCUUUGUACCAUACGUAAUGGUAUAUCUGCAAAAAAAACAUAUGUUUCUUUACCAUAUGGAAAAAUAGGUUGGGCUAUUUGUCAUGUGUUAUAUUUAUAUGGAUAUAUUCAUGGUAUGGGAAUACAAUUAUUUGGAAAACACAAACGCAUUGUUGUUGUUUUACUUCCGCAAAAUGAAUAUACAAGUUACACAAAAUUUACACGAAUUUCAUCGCCAAAAAAACGUGUUUAUAUGUCAGUGCACGAACUACGUAGUAGUAUACAUAGUUUUCAUGUGCGUAUUCUAUCUACACCCAAGGGUAUUAUGGCAGAUAAGGAUGCUAUUAAAGAAAAUGUAGGUGGAGAAGUUUUAUUUAUUUGUAAUUAA